AUGAAACUCAAGGGACGAGAAUGUAACGGUACAAGUGAUCACUCAGAUUCGAUCCCUGAUGAUAUGACGUUUGAGAUUCUUGGUAGAUUGCCCGGCAAAUCUCUUAUGAAGUUCCAAUACUUAUCUAAAUUUUGGUUUUCGAUAAUCCGAAGUCAAAGAUUCAUCGAUUCCUUCUUCUCUAGGUCUUUGAGUCGAGGUUCACGCCUACUUAUCACUUUCAAGAACGGUGAAAUCAUCAAUGGGAAUACUGAGAAGCGUUUGUUCUUCUUCUCAGCUUCAAGAGAAGGGGAGCAAAAGUCUUCUUCAACUUUGGUAGCUAAUCUCGACAUGACAAUAGCUUCCACGGAUAAUUAUUGCUACACACGAGGCAGCAAUAAAACGGGCGAGAUCAUUCUGGCUCCACAAUUGUUGUCAAGCAAACUUGAACCUUUCUACAUUCUCUAUUAUAAUGUAACAAGCCAAGGCAUCAGAAGGGUUAGGCUUGAAGGAAUUGCAGAUAAUGAAGAGUUCAGGCGUCGUUAUGGAAUUGGAAAGAAUGGUGAUUGUCGUGUUUAUAUGGCAUCAGAACACUUUGAAGAUAUUGCCUUUCUUUAA